AUGAGUGGUGUGCAGGGUUCAAAAAGUUCACACCCUCCACCUUCGGAUAAUCAGCUACAAUUAACACAUCUAGAAACCGCCGAUCAAGUGCUACCGCAUCUGAACAAUUCUGAAUCUCAGAAAUCCCCGAGGCCGGAUGUAGAUGCUGGAUUGAUCCUUGACGAGGAGCUAAACAUGUUACUUUCAACUCCACAACUACAGUCGGAUAAACACGACCAAUAUUUCAAAAGCCAGACACAGGAAGAAUCAAUGGAAACUAAGGACCCCUUCAUAUCAAGCUCGAAAACUGUGAGUUCCUCUCAGACGCCACUUUUUCAAGCGUCAACUGGCCUGCAGAGCCGAGACGUUGAGUCAGCAAACGAUGAAUUAAGCUUGACACAAUCAAAAGACAAUAGCAAGAACGGGUUCAAACACAAAUCUGAAAAAUCUAAACAAGCUAGUGUACCACAUGACCAUGUUGUGGAUGAUCUGCAUUCACACUCGCGGGUUUCAGCGUACGCUAGACUUGAUUUUGAAAACAAUGUGUUUUACGUUCAAACAUUACAGGUGGUUUUGGGUAGAAGGUCGAAUGACGAAUUGAUACAACAAGACGUGGAUGUGCACUUAUCCGAAAGAAAAGCCAUCUCGAGAAGGCACGCCAAAAUUUUCUACAAUUUCGGAACGCAAAGAUUCGAAAUCUCUGUUUUGGGGAAAAAUGGAGCUUUUGUCGACGAGACAUUUGUGGAAAAGGGUGUCACCAUCCCCCUCACAGAUGGUGUCAAGAUACAAAUUGGUGAUAUCUCUUUUCAGUUUGUGCUACCUACACCUCCAGCAAAUGAGACGCUAGAUCAACAAAACGGAGGGCCUAAGCAAUUUAAUCCAAGCGAUGCCAUUAAUUUGAAAUCAAACUUGUUUUCGAAAACUCCUGUUCAGAAAGAAACACUAAAGAAUCCGGUAGACUCCGACAGCAAAUUUUCCUUGAGAAAAUUGUCCAUGAGCAGGCGAGAUUCUCUUUUGAAAAUAAGAAGAUUGUCAAAUGCGAGACGUAAAUCGGCCGCAGCAAACGAGGAAUUGAAUGAGUUGUUGAAAGAUCUAGGCGUCACCUCAAUAGAGAAUAUCAAUGAGGAAGAAUCUGAUUUACUUGAUGCGCAAAUCCAAAGUCUUUUGAAUGAAGACAGCGACUUGGGCCUCGGUGGUGACAGUAUGGCCAAUCUUGCUCGCAUGAACGAGUCGGCUAUAGCAGACGAUGAAGAUGAAUUUGACUUAGUCAAAGGAAUAGAACAAGACGCAAAGAUGGAGAGGGAAAUUUUGGAAAUUGAUGUAAGCAUCAACCAGCUUAAUAGAGAGAUUGCUGAGUUGGUGUCUCAAGGAGGUAAUGACAGCCUUAUACUAGAGAAAGAUGAAUUGCGAAAGAGUUUGGAGGAAACCAAGAAGCGGAAAAAGGAACACAUUUCUCAACGAAGGUCAUCCUUUGUAAAGAAUGCUGGACCUUUGCGCUCAACCCCUCUUAUGGGUCGUCCAGCAUCUAUUCAGCCGUCGUCGUCGUCGUCGUCGUCUGCUAUACUUUACAAUAAGCUUGGCCCAUUGGACAAAUCCUUGCAAUAUUUGUCGGGCCCCCACAUGCCACAAAUACCAAUCCCCAAGUUGGAAGCUCCUGUGUUCAUCCUAACUUCGGAGCAAGGUGUUACUCGUACACUACCUCCUCCACGCGUCAUAUCUGUGGGAAAACACUCGCAUCAGUCCCCCUAUUACUAUCCAAAAACUCUUGAGCAGCAAUCGCAAUUUCCCAAACCAAAAGGGAAAAAAAUUAUCCCUCGCAAAACUCCAAAAAGGGUUUAUGCUAUUGAGGAGAUACCCGAACAGUACCGCUCAAAGCCUAAUUUGACAUUCACUUCGAUGACUACCAAUGUUUUGAGUACUGCCGCUGCUGGUAAUGGACUUACUAUAAACGCGACAAUCGAUGCCAUAAAGGAAGUGUAUCCCUAUUUCAAAUAUUGCCCCGAGGGAUGGCAAGCUUCUGUUGCACAUUGUAUCAAAAAUACAAAACUUUUUAAAAGAGUUGCCAAAAGAGGCUAUGAAUGGCUAUACACCAUGGAUGAGUCAUACAGGAACGAAAGAGACACCGUCAAGGCAAAACACAAAGAGUACUUGGAAGCAAUCACGAAAGCGGAGAUUCUUCGCCAACAAGAAAUACGUCAGAGCCAAAGAGCUGAGCAGCAGGAACUCAACAACCAAUUGUAUGUGAAUAGGAAUGUGCAACAGCCUGUUCCGAGACCUGUUCCAACAGCUCAAUACAACCCAGUCAUGCAACCCAAUAUUGGACAGGGUAAACCUCUGCUACAACCAAAAAACCCUCCAAGUCCUACUCUUCAAACUUCUGCGUCGACUACUGAAGACAAAACUCAAAAAUCUUUGGCUUAUUUACGAGCUGAAUUGUUUACCUUGUACAAGUCUCGAAAUGUGGCUUAUGAUAAAGUCACAGCAACUCAACUCAUUACAAAAGCUUUGGCAACGACAAUAGCACAGGUCAAUAAUAUCGGAGCAAAGUCUGGGUGCGGCGACAAUGCGUUGAAUUUUUUAGUAGAGAAGGCACCUCAACAGGUGAGCAAGAUUUUGGACAUUGCUUUGACAAAGUCGAUCAAAGAGCAUGAGGGUCUGUCAGUUUCUGCUUCUGCUAAGAGUACUCCACUGAGAGCCAGUUCUGAACCAAUUUCAUCUCCACCUGGACAACAAUCAGUCGGCACUCCUGUUGGAAAUAGAGGCUCCCCUAUUAGUCAACCACAAGGUGUAUCACUGUCCAUUAGCUACACUAGUGGGGUACGACAGCCGCAGUCUCCCGGAAGCUCUUUUAGUCAAGCUGCAUACAAGUCUCCACCUCCAGCUCCACCUCCAGCUCAAUCUCAAUCUCAAUCUCAAUCUCAUGUCACAAAUUCAGCUUCUGAAGUGGAAAUUAAGUCUAAAACGGAGAGUCUGCCAUCGCCUAAUCGUUCAGUGAAGUCAACGCCAGACCCACCUUUGUCACGGCCACUGUUUGGAAAACCGCCAAACUUGGGUAGACCUGGAUCCUACGCUAGGCCACAAGCAUAUGGAAAACCUCCAGGAGUUGGAAGCAGUCUUUCACGUCCUCCAACGUUUUUAUCCAACAAACCAUCUUUCCACUCAGGGGUAAAAAGAGAGUCAGACACUGAUGACCACAACAAUGGACAGCCAACAAAGAGUACGAAGACGCUGUGGCGAAUAUCAUUAUCUAUAGUCAAUUCCACAACCGAGUACAACCCCAUCAAGUUCAAAUAUAGACAAGAAAUGAACUCGAUAGCCCAAAGGUAUACUAACGCCCAGAACAAUGACGUUUUGAAUGAAAUCAGCUCGAUCAAUGCAUCGCGUUCAUCUCACCAACAACUCAAUUUGGCGCCAUCGAUUGCCGUCCCUCCAAUCUCACAACCAACUGAUUUCUUAAGAGCACACACUGACGACUCAGCCAACCCUGAUUGUAAAAUCAAAAUAGCGCACGGUACAACUACUUUGGCUUUCCGUUUCCAAGGAGGUAUAAUUGUUGCAGUUGAUUCGCGUGCUACUGCAGGUAAUUGGAUAGCAUCACAAACCGUCAACAAAGUCAUCAGGAUCAAUCCACAAUUGUUAGGUACAAUGGCUGGUGGUGCUGCCGAUUGUCAAUUUUGGGAGACUUGGUUGGGUACGCAAUGUAGAUUGCAUGAAUUGAGAGAGAAGGAGAGAAUAUCCGUUGCUGCGGCAUCAAAGAUAUUGAGUAACUUGGUGUAUUCAUACAAAGGGAUGGGAUUGAGUAUGGGAACGAUGGUUUGUGGUCAUACAAAGAAGGAGGGUCCCACUAUAUACUACGUCGAUUCCGAUGGGACUCGUUUGAAAGGUGAUUUGUUCUGUGUCGGUUCAGGUCAAACUUUUGCUUAUGGUGUUUUGGAUUCGGAAUACAAGUGGGAUUUGACAGUUGAAGAAGCAUUGUAUUUGGGAAAGAGGAGUAUUUUAGCAGCUACUCACAGAGAUGCAUAUUCUGGUGGGUCAAUUAAUUUGUACCACGUGAAUGAGGCUGGAUGGACUUAUCACGGUAAUUACAAUGUUGGUGAUUUGUUUUGGGAAGUGAAAGAAAAAGAGCACUCGUUUUCUAGCAAAGCCCAAAACCCUAUGCGUGAGUUGCGUAUCGAGAAAUUAGUCUUGAACAUUUGUGUCGGUGAAUCCGGUGACAGAUUGACCAGAGCCUCUAAGGUUUUAGAACAAUUGUCUGGUCAAACUCCAGUUCAAUCCAAGGCUAGAUACACCGUCAGAACUUUUGGUAUCAGAAGAAACGAAAAGAUUGCUGUUCACGUUACUGUCAGAGGACCAAAAGCUGAAGAAAUCUUGGAAAGAGGAUUGAAAGUUAAGGAAUACCAAUUGAGAAACAAAAACUUUUCAGCUACCGGUAACUUUGGUUUCGGUAUUGACGAACACAUUGACUUGGGUAUCAAGUAUGACCCAUCCAUUGGUAUUUAUGGUAUGGACUUUUAUGUUGUCAUGGGAAGAGCCGGUGCUAGAGUUACCAGAAGAAAGAGAGUCAGAUCCACCAUCGGAAACAACCAUAAAACCAACAAAGAAGACACCAUCCAAUGGUUCAAGACCAAAUACGAUGCUGAUGUUUUGGAUAAAUAA